AUAUACAUGACAAAACCCAGCAUUCGCUUGUAGAGGCCAAUGUCAUCUGACUUUGUGGCUGGGUAUGUCAGCGGCGCUGUAGGGAUACUGAUCGGAAAUCCACUUGAUCUCGUGAAAGUGCGGCUACAAGCCCGACGAGGUGAUGAGUCCCUCCGGGCGAGUUCACAAGGCCAUGGCUACUUUGAAACAAAAUCAUCAUUGAUCAAAGGCGCCGCCGCCCCCAUUCUAGGAUAUGGAGCUUUGAAUGCCCUGCUCUUUGUUGCCUACAAUCGAUCUCUCAAGUUCCUGGAUCCAUCGGUUAUUAAUCCAACUAAUCUUGACGCAAAUGUCUCGUUGAUGAAUAUUUGGCUGGCCGGAGCCGCUGGUGGCAUGGCCAGCUGGGUUAUUUCAUCACCAACUGAACUUGUCAAAUGCCGAACGCAACUCAGUAGAAAUCAGAACAUCUCUUCCUGGACAGUCUUUCGGGACAUUCUUCGAGUACAAGGAGUCAGAGGACUAUACUUUGGCGGGCUUAUCACGAGUAUCAGGGACUCUGUAGGCUACGGGUUCUAUUUCUGGUCUUAUGAACUAUGCAAACGCAGUCUAUCAUCUCUUGAUGAUAGCAGUCAGCAAGAAGCCCUAAAAGUCCUGCUCUGUGGUGGAGUAGCCGGCAUUAUCACUUGGGCUUCUGUUUUCCCACUUGAUGUGGUGAAGACUAGAUUGCAGGCUCAACCUUUCAUUGCACAUACAGUCAGCGAAGUUCCGGAUUUUCAGCGAAGACUCCUGCCACCGACAUCAUCUUCCAGACCACGAAUACUCAACUCGCUAGAAAUUGCUCGAGAUGCGUACCGUAGCGAGGGUUUCUCUGUAUUCUUUCGUGGACUAGGCAUUUGUAGUGUCCGGGCUUUUAUAGUCAAUGCCGCUCAAUGGGCUGUUUAUGAAUGGUUGAUGAAGGAAUUCAAUAGAGCAUCCACAGCACCCCAUGUGAGCAUGUAGGUGUUUUAAGUACUGGAUUCGGCAGCGGCUACUGCUAGGUUUUGAAAGAUGUAGAAUGCAACCAAUUUGAUUG